AUAAACUUCAUUUAUUUUACAAACAUAAUACUUUAUACAGACUACAAUGAAAAAUAAUUUGCAAAAUUACUAGGGGAACACUAUAACACUAUAUACAAUAUACUCCACAAGCUAUACACAAUUAGUUGAAAAGGAAGGAGCAGCAGGAGUUCCAGGUCGAAUUCUGAAGACAUGGACAGCAAGGGCCGCCAAGUCAUCGUCUGCGACAAUGGGUCAGGGUUCGUCAAGUGCGGAUAUGCCGGUAGCAAUUUUCCAGCCUUUGUCUUCCCAUCGAUGGUGGGACGGCCUAUUAUUAGGGCGGGAAACAGAAUCGAUGAUAAGGCAGUGCAGGAUUUACAUAUCGACGAUGUGAUAAUUGGCGAUGAAGCCUCACAGCUGCGUUCCCUGCUGGAGUUGACCUAUCCAAUGGAUAAGGGUGUAGUCCGCAACUGGGAGGACAUGUGCCACGUGUGGGACUACACAUUCGGGCCUAAAAAGAUGGAUAUCGAUCCAACGAACACAAAGAUCCUGCUGACAGAGCCACCGAUGAAUCCCACCAAGAAUCGCGAGAAAAUGAUCGAGGUGAUGUUCGAAAAGUAUGGCUUCGACUCGGCUUACAUUGCCAUCCAGGCCGUGCUGACGCUAUACGCCCAAGGUCUAGUCUCGGGAGUGGUGAUUGACUCCGGCGAUGGUGUGACCCACAUAUGUCCCGUCUACCAGGAGUAUUCCCUGCCCCAUCUGACACGGCGGUUGGACAUCGCUGGUCGCGAUAUCACUCAUUACUUGACUAAGCUAUUGUUGCGGCGUGGCUACGCCUUCAAUCACACGGCCGACUUUGAAACGGUGCGCAUCCUGAAGGAGAAGCUCUGCUACAUUGGCUAUGACAUCGAAAUGGAGAAUCGCCUGGCCUUGGAGACAACGGUGCUGGUGAAGUCCUACACACUGCCCGAUGGACGAGUGAUCACGAUCGGUGGUGAACGAUUUGAGGCACCGGAAGCUCUGUUUCAGCCGCAUUUAAUUAAUGUCGAGGGUCCGGGAAUUGCGGAACUCGUCUUUAACAUCAUCCAGUCGGCGGACAUUGAUAUCCGGUCGGAGCUGUACAGGCACAUCGUCCUGUCCGGGGGCUCCACUAUGUACCCGGGUCUGCCCAGUCGGAUGGAGCGAGAGAUCAAGCAGCUGUACUUGGAGCGGGUACUCAAGAACGAUUCGGAAAAGCUGGCGAAAUUCAAAAUACGCAUCGAGGAUCCGCCACGACGCAAGGAUAUGGUCUUCAUUGGCGGUGCUGUUCUGGCCGAGGUGGCAAAGAACCGCGACGGCUUUUGGGUAUCCAAGCAGGAGUAUCAGGAACAGGGACUCAAAGUUUUGCAAAAGCUACAGAAGAUUAGUCACUGAAGUCCCAGAGAGAGACAGAAAGAGAAAGAGAAAGAAGUAUCAGUUAUUUAAAAAAAUUUGCAAACCAGAAGUAUUAUAAUAAAACAUAUAGUUAA